AUGGACAUGGUAUUCUCAAGCCUCGAUGAUUGUAAUUCAAUGUAUGUUAAGUAUGCCAAGGAGUGUGGGUUUUCAGUCAGGAAAGGGACUACAAAGACAAAGUCUAAAGGUGUCUUACAUAUUAAGUAUUACUUGUGUACGAGAUCUGGGUUAUACAAGGACAAGAAGGUUGAUACGUUGGACCCCAAUCAAAAGGAGCGAGUAGUGCGAUCGAACUUUUCAAAGAGGACUGAUUGUGGUGCACUGUUAUGUGUACUUUUUGAGGCUGGAUCAUGGAAGGUGUAUAAGUUUGUCGAGGAGCACAAUCAUGAACUUGUUGAACGUCCCGAUAAGCAUUUUCUUCCAACUAAACAACACCUCACUCAGCUCCAGAACCAUGUUAUACACAGCAUGUGUAAGCUGAAUUUGGGUCCCGUCAAGGCGUUUAAUGUUAUGAAGACUUGUUUUGGCGGUUUUGAAGACGUGGGUGCAAACGAAGAGAAUCGUUUGAAGGGGCUUUUUUGGUAUGAGGAUCAAGACAAACGUAAUUACCACGUGUUUGGUGAUGUGAUUUCGUUUGACGCCACGUAUCAUUCCAAGAAAUACUCUAUGGUGUUUGUACCGUUCACUGGUAUAGACAAUCAUCACUAUCACUGCAAUGUUACAUUUGGUGCAUCAUUAUUGGCGCCAGAAACUGCUGAUACGUAUAUUUGGUUGUUGAGAGUUUUUCUAAAAGCUGUUGGUUCUCAACCAAAAGUUGUUGUCACUGACCAAGAUCCAGCAAUGAAGAAGGCUAUUUCUGUUGUAUUUGUUGACACGAGGUAUCGGUUAUGCAUGUGGCAUCUGAUACAUAAACUUUCUCUGAAGGUUGGUGUUAGGCUAUGCAAUUCCACCAAUUUUAAAGAACGUAUUUGGGGGGUUGUGUGGACGAAUAUUCUCACACCUGAAAAGUUUGAAUCAGAAUGGGAAGCGGUUAUCGCAGAGUUCAAUUUAGCAGAUAAUGACUGGCUAUCUGAUAUUUUUAUACUUAGGGAAUCUUGGAUUCUUGCAUACUAUAGAAUGGAGGAGAUGUCUGGUCUUAUGCGAACGACAUCGAGGUCGGAGAGUGAGAAUCAUUUUUUUGGUCAAGUGUGCAAUUCGAAAGCUACUCUUGUUGAGUUCAUGACGCAUUACGAGACUGCAAUAGAAGCUCAACGUCACACACACCAGAAAAAUGAUCAUGAAUCUCGAUACAAAAGACCCCAGUUGAAGAGUAGUUACCAAUUGUUGGAAGGGCAAGCUGUUGACAUAUACACAAAAAGUAUUUUUUGUGACGUUCAAGCUGAGUUUAUUGGAGUUGCGGAUUGCAUAAAUCAACGAGACGAAGAUCAGCCUGAUGAGUUUGUUAAGUUUUACAUAAAUGACUUUCAACAGCCUUACAAACAUUCUAUGCAUGGCGUUAUAGAGAUAUUGUUUUUGGGGUUUUUCAGGGAAUUUCCAAAACAAUACAUUCUGAAUAGAUGGCGCAAAGAGCCUUCCCCAAACUGCUCUCCUGAAUACUCAAUUAGUCGUGAAUAUAUGACUAAACUUGAUCCUGAUGUGCAAAGUAUGAUGCGAGAUAUUAUUUUUUCAACGGAAUAUACUUUGAACCGUUUAUCUGGUAAUAGAGAGGAGCUAUCCUUAUACAAGGAUCAUGUUCAAUCUUAUAUGAAGAAGGUUCAAGAUAUGCAGAUUGUCGCUCCUCUUGCUAGUACUAGGGAUAGAUUUGCCGAGAUAACCGGUCGAUAUAAAAACGACAAGAAUCCGAUAAGAGUCCCUGUUGGGUAUAAAUCCAAAGGUUCUGGUUCUCGGAAGCGCUUGAAAUCAAAACAGGAGAUAACAAUCGACAAAAAGAAAUCAAAGUCGAAACCUAGGGCCAAAGAAAAACAGUGUCCGAACUGCAAAGGCUAUGGACACUAUGCAUCGACAUGCAAAGAGGCCGUAAUUAAAAGAAUAUCGACAAGGUCUUCGAGAGCUAGUGAAGAGUAG